UAACAACGAAAGUUGCAGAAUUUGUCAAAAAACCCAGGAAAUGACUGAUGUUACCCUGUUUGUUUGGGGCAUUAUUGCCAUCCUGAUCAUCAUACUGCUAACUUUAGGUUUUCUUCUAAUCUAUUCUGGCUUGUUCACAAGUUUUGAUAUCGGUGCGGGCAAGCCUCCGGUGCAAAAUCUUUACGUCGGUUACAAGUUUGGACAGGGUCCUUAUAAAGAGUGUGGGGCCCUGUUCACUGAGGCUGCGGCAUGUGCACCGGGGUCAAGAUGUUUUGGUAUUUACUACGACAACCCACAAGAGGUUGAGCCUGACAAGACCCGGUAUGUCAUUGGUGCUAUCUUGGCUGAGGGAACAGAAAAAUCCAAUGAAGAGGUGGAAACCCUGAUGAAGAAGAGAGGCUUCAAGUUCCACAAUCUUCCUGCCGUGUCAAGCUGUGUGAGGACAUCGUUCCCGUAUAACACACCUCUCUCUGUCUACAUGCUUGUUUCAAGAGUUUAUCCAGCAAUGGCAAGAUAUGUUGAGGAACAUCGACUCUGUGCUCAUCCCUUCAUGGAGAUCUACUCCGACAAUACCAUUCACAUCAUGGCACCUUUGGCCAAACAGGAAAAUUUCUAUGUCCCAGAGGUCCAGGAGAAUGAUGUGAAUGAUGAUGCUACAACAGAAUAUUCAAAUGGGAGUUUUGGCGAUUCAAGUGUUGAACGGCAAGAAUUUCCAUUUUUGAAUGAGCAAAGUCGAAAGGAUGCACCUCCAACAGUCCAGCUACCUAAGGAGCCAAAGCCAACUGCUGUUGAUGCUGAUGGGGACCAGGUUGCACAGGACGAAAGUCCAGUUGAACCUAGUCCACCAGUGGCAAAUGGCAAUGAUUCAGGUUCAGAAGCAAGUACUGGGACAACGUCAUCAUUUGAGCAGGUGAAUAUGGACAUGGAAGAAUUGAAGACGCCAGAUGUUGAAUCAAAGAUGGAGGAGGAAGUCGUGGAGAGCGAACAACUUGGAACAAAGGAGGAGGUGGUAGCGGAGAAGCAGACAUCAGCUGAACCAGAGAGGCAGGAAUAGGUCAUCUGCAGCAUCAGAUGGAUUGGGAGCAAACGAAUUGAUCAAUUUUGGUGUUCGAUGACAACCGUGAAAAUGUUUCAAUCUGCGGCACACUGGACUUGAAGUUUCAAAUUUGAUAAUGAGGACAGACAAAUUCGAAAGUUGGUACCGUUAGUGUACAUUACACAAUGUAUAGAUUCUGAAUCGGUUUAAGUUUCUAUUCAUUUGGUUGCUAAAGCUUGUCAAAAGAUUCUACUUAUUUCCUUUCUACAACAUGUAGCAAACAUGAAAGCACUGGUGGUGUUUAAAUACAAACAGGUGGAGGGAAUUAAAACAGCUCGUGGCACUUCUUAAUUCUAUAGCUUUUGUUUCUGUUGCUUCUUGAAGUCUUGAACUCCACAACAAUGUGUUCACAUGCUGAUAUAUGUAACUUGUGAUAUUUUUAUGAGACUUCAAACAACAUUUUCUAAUGAGUAUUAUGCCUUUUCUCCUGUUUGUGAAUACAAGUAGAAAUCCUGUCUUGCAUAAUCAAUGUUAACUGUGUUCAUUUAAUGAUGAUUUGUAUAAAAUUUUGCGGUGUUUAGCAACAUCAAAUGGUGGUUUAGAUAUGUUAGGUCAUCUGUAUCACUUUACUUUAAACCGCACUGGAAUGGACAGGUUCAACUAACUAAGGUCCUGUUUGGUUUCCAAGCUGAGAUCAAUUAAAACAUGACAUCCAACCUGUAGUUUGGACUCCAGAGCCCCAAAUGUUUUGGAUGAAUAUUUACGCAUGGACUGUAGUACAAUCUAUGACGAUUUAUUCUGAGUGACACAGGGUACAGCAAGCGGCUCAUCUUGCAUAUCAUUAUAGUUGGUUCGUUAAGAUAAUGUGGCUGUGAUGUAUAUACAUGUAAUUGUUAAAUGUAGAUGUAUGGUAAUUUGGUUCACACUGCAGUGUUA